ACCCAGAAUGCUUAAAGCUCAGGUUGAUUAAUCGAGCCCGGAUUCUUCGCUUUUCUCACCCACUCAAUUUUUGUUUCCCAGCAGGCGCAUCCUGCCUGCUGAUUCGGAGCUACCGUUAGCCAGCUAAAAAUGGACUAGCUACCAAGUGCUUUUUUUUUCGGGAGGAAAUUGCUUUUCAGUUUAAUAUAAGUAUGUUAGUCCUUUAUAUUUAUUUUUCAAAUGGAACGGAGUUAAGUUAUUUUCCGUGACAACAGCCUUGAAAGGAGCGAAAAAAAUCCUCGUUGUUCUUGGCAGACGAGCUGCUUCGGACGGUCGGUUCAUUUUGACACCGGGGAGGUGCAUCUGUCCGCCGCUGCUGCAGCUUCGAUCCAACCGAUUUGGAAAACAAAGCCAGUCAGAUGUUGGAGGAUGAGAAAUCUAGCCAGAACUCUUCUCUUUUGAUUACUUCUGUAGUCGAAAAAUAGUAAGCUGAUCAUCGUCCGUAAAAAAAAAAAAAAAAAAAAAAGCAACAUUUGGACCGGCGGUACGAAUUCUCGUUGGAGGGCGAGACUUCGGUUCUCGUACGGAGGAGGAGAAGGCAAAAGGAGACCCCCAGAAGAGAAAAAAUCCUGAUGCCAGUAAUGGCAAACGAGCCGAUCAUCCUGAACGUUUACGAUAUGUACUGGAUCAAUGAGUUCACCAGCUCUCUGGGCAUCGGAGUCUUUCACUCAGGGAUCGAGAUCUACGGAAGAGAGUUUGCAUACGGCGGACACCCGUACCCGUUCUCAGGGAUCUUUGAGAUCACACCAAGUGAUGCAACUGAACUAGGCGAGACUUUCAAGUUCAAAGAAGCCAUAGUCCUGGGCAGCACGGACUUCACAGAGGAAGACGUGGAGCGCAUCGUGGAGGAAAUGGGGAAGGAGUACAAAGGCAAUGCCUAUCACCUCAUGCACAAGAACUGCAACCACUUCUCCUCAGCUCUGUCAGAGAUCCUGUGCGGUAGGGAGAUUCCUCGUUGGGUUAACCGCCUGGCCUACUUCAGCUCCUGUGUGCCGUUCCUCCAGAGCUGCCUACCCAAAGAGUGGCUGACCCCAGCUGCCUUACAGUCCAGCGUGAGCCAGGAGCUCCACGCAGGCGGCGGAGAGCUGGAGGAGGCAGAGGACGCAGCAGCCACCGCCUCCCUUGCUUCGAUGUCACCUUGCUCGCCUUCCUCCUCAUCCAGCCCCUCGUCUUCUUUUCCUCGUCAUACCCGCAUUCAGCCUCGCCGAUAGAGGCUGUUAGACUCGUGGCUACAGAGACGGUCAUCUAACGGAGCACCUGCAACCCAGCUAAAGCCAAAUGUCCUGGAGGGAGGUGCUGAAGCUCCUCUGGUAGAGAAUGUGAGCCAAAACUCUGCCCAGAGCUACGGAAGGGGGCUGCCUUUGCAGCGAGGAAGACCUUUUGUUGCUAAAUAAUGUUGGAAACUGGAAAAAAAUGGUCUCACACACAUCCUAAAUUCCGAUUUCUUCACAAGCCUCCUUUUUAUAUUUCAAGCAAUUGAGCAGCCACGUUGAGAUUUUACUAGAUUAACAAACGACUGUUACUUCAGAUACAGAUCACCUUUCGAAUCAUGCUUACUGAUUCGAAGAGAAUGACACCAUUUGUCCAUUUUGCUCACUUUCCUCAGUUUUUCAGCUGCAAAAUCUUGAUGUCUGAUAUCAUUCUCACCUCAAACUGUAAUAUGCUCUGAAAGAGGCUUCACUUGAACUUGUUAGUUUACAUUACUAUAGUCACCAAAUGCGGUCGGGAGGCUGAAAAGUUUGUAGAUGAGCUCACCCUGGUAAAUAUUUCUUCUGCAGCCAGUCGUAUUUGAAAUGUUUGAACUUUUUCGCCUGUUACAGUUGGAAUGAUGGGCUCAAAACCCAACAUCAGGAUUUCAGAUUUUUUUUUUUCCUAUCGCAGCUGAUUGACCAAAAGCCAAAGUCUGUUCUUGAGAUGCUUUUAAGAAAUGAUGGUUUGUAGGUGAACUUUUUUUUCUUUUUUCCUUAGAUAUGAAACUUGUAGCAUCUUAACAGUUCCUUCCUCCCAGCGGUGGAGUAAUUCAUCUGAUGUGCUCAGACUCUCAGCACACCUCCAACCUUUCAUCAUGAAGCUACACCUACUUCUCAAACUUUAUACAUCAAUUCCUAAAUGUGCAAAUUGGGUAAUAAAUCAGAAAGUGGCUCAGAGUUCAUAUGUUCUCCUAGUAGCAGCUACCACAGUGCCUUUCAGCAAGGUACUUUCUUCUCAGUGUGAUUUCCAUGGAUGUCUGCAGAGAAAACUUGUCUUUAACUCACUUUGGUGCUGAAGAGAAGCAUCACGGAAAACUUCAAAUAAAAAAAAAACCUGUUUGAAGUCAGUUUGUACACAUGGAGGUCUUAUGAAUAUAAUUUACACUUUACAGGAAAAAGCUUGUUUUUCUCAUCAGUGAGAGACUCUACCAGCUGAUCACAAAUCAAAUGCUGCAGAAUGCGUUUUAUUUUAUUCCGUUGAUGCGUUUGAAGUUAAUUUUAUGAUGGAUGUUUGAGCAUAAUCAAAUCGGACCACCUUUUUUAAUCCUUGUUCGUCGACAUGGGCCUUUUUUUUUGUCCGUUUUCUUGAUGUUUGAUCAACUCAGGAUCCUUGGAGACUUGGUUAUAAUUCCCUUAAAACUUUUGUAUCCCUCUAUUCAUGUGCUGAAUUGCUUUUGUGCUGCAGUAGUCACUGUAGACAACGCACUGUAGUUUUAUACUCUUUUGAUCAAAUGAAAAGAAAGCGCUUUCAUUUCUGACAUGUUUGUGAGCCCGUCCUGCCUUUUCUUCUUGUAUUUGCAUGAAUGCGUGAAUGUGUUUAUACUUGUAUAAUAAACUGUUUAUAUCAACAA